AUGGCGGCCUCCGGCCAAGCGAGUACCAACCACCACCGGAGCUUCGCUUCCCCGGAGGAGGCCCAGGCCAUCGACCAGGAGCUCUUCACCGAGUACAAGUUCAGCGUGGAUCAGCUGAUGGAGCUGGCAGGGCUGAGCUGCGCCACCGCCAUCGCCAAGGCCUACCCGCCCAGCUCCUUCACCACCAGCCAGCCCGCCGUGCUGGUCGUGUGCGGGCCGGGGAACAACGGCGGCGAUGGCUUGGUCUGCGCCCGGCACCUGAAAAUGUUUGGCUACGAGCCGACCGUGUAUUACCCCAAGCGCCCCAACAAGCCCCUCUUUGAAGGUCUGACCACCCAGUGCCAGAAGAUGGACAUCCCCUUCCUCCCCGAGUUCCCGGCCGAGGCCGCGCUCAUCGACGAGCUCUACGGCCUGGUGGUGGACGCGAUUUUCGGGUUCAGCUUCACGGGAGCGGUGCGGGAGCCCUUCGGCAGCAUCCUCGGCACCCUCGAGCGCAUCACGGUGCCCAUCGCCAGCAUCGACAUCCCCUCGGGCUGGGACGUGGAGAAGGGGAAGGCGGACGGCCUCCAGCCUGACAUGCUCAUCUCGCUCACGGCGCCCAAGAAGGCGGCAAUGCAUUUCGCUGGCCGCUACCACUUCCUCGGGGGCAGGUUUGUGCCCGCCGCGCUCCAGAAGAAAUACGCUUUAAACCUGCCACCGUACCCCGAGACGGACUGCGUCCUGCAGCUGACCUAGGGCUGGGGCUCAGCGGGGGCUCGGGGUGCUGGGCCAGGCUUCGGCACGGCAGAUCAGGGCCUAAUUCUGCCAAAGCCGCAGCUCUCUGCUAGGAGGAUGCUCAGCACCUCACUGGGCUCCAGUCCUACCCAGCUCUGCCAGCGGGAUUGAAG